AUGGCUGAGGCGUUCGGAAUCGCAGCGAGCGUCAUUGCUGUUGUCGACAUCACUGCCAAGGUCGGAGGCAUAUCAAUUAAGCUGAAGAAGUUAUGGAAUGAAGUGAAAAAUGUACCUGCAACAUUGCUGUUAAAAGCAGACCAGCUCCAAGAGUUCGAGAUUUUCCUUAAGGAUACUGAAGACCAAAUCGCAGCCAGCCCACUACCGGAUUCGGCCUGGAACAGCGGGAUGCUACAGAAAUAUGUCGCCAGAGCAAGGUCUAUCCUGGACGAGCUUCAAACAAUGAUUGAUGAGUUUCAGAGGCAGCUCGCAGAUCCGCGACGGCGAAAGAUAACAUCAGCGAAGAUUAUCCUUCGUAAAGAUGAUAUCAGAUCACUGGAUGCAAAGCUGGAUCAGGCUUUGAAUUUGUUCCGAAUGGCUCAGGGGCAAUAUAUAAUCCGGACCUUUCUCGACUCUGGGUUCGGCGUCAGCCAUGAUUCAGAGGCCAGCCAUAGGUUUAACCGUUCCAAGGGAACAAGUCCGGACCUCUUUGCCAUGUGUCAUGAGCGAACCAGCAUUGGAAGAAUCCGUUUUGGUCAUGGUGCCCGUGCCCAAUAUCAAUUCUCAAUACGGACACCGGACUGGUUGGCGGCGUAUGUGUAUUCCAUCCUGGCGUUUAGGAGUACUUUGGGGUGGCAGUUGAAUUUAAGGGCUUAUGAGGUUGUGGAGAGGUUUCGCGAAGAUCUUGUAGAUGCCUUCUACAAAGACGACGCCAUUUCUGUCAAGAAGAUUUUGGUCGGGCAGAAAAUGACGCCUUUCGUACGAGAUGAACAAGGCAGCACACUGCUGAGGGUAGGCUUCUCCCUUACCCUGGAACAUCUUGUAUAA